UCCGUUCACACUCACACACACUCACACACACUCAUCCCACAGAAAAAGAGGCAGAGACAAACACCCAGUUUUCUUUCUCACGGACUUUUUGCGUCCCACAUUCAGCAGGAGCGCGGAUCCACUGAGGACGUCUGCAGACCGACUCGCAGCUCGCAAUUCUCUGCAAAGUAGCUCGGCCCAAUCACAGCCAUGUCGAAAGGAUGCAUCACAGUCACCAAGUACUUCUUAUUCCUCUUCAACCUCCUCUUUUUUAUCUUCGGAGCGUUGAUCAUGGGCUUUGGACUGUGGAUACUCUUCGAUAAGGAAAGCUUCAUAGCCGUGCUACAAGAAUCUUCUGACACGGUGAAGGUGGCUUCGUAUAUCCUCAUCGGAGUCGGAUCUCUGACGAUGGCCAUGGGCUUCUUCGGCUGCAUCGGAGCCAUCUAUGAAAUCCGCUGCCUGCUGGGACUGUACUUCACCUGCCUUCUGCUCAUCCUCAUCGCUCAGGUCACUGCUGCUGUUCUCAUUUACGUACAGAGAGAUCCGCUGAAACAUGAGAUGUCCGUCAUCAUUAGAGGGUUGAUAGUGAACUACACGGGUCAGAACAAAACCACGGAGCACGCCUGGGACUUCGUUCAGAGGACGAUGAAGUGCUGUGGCUGGACUGGACCAGGUAACUGGUCUGAGAACAUUUUGAUCAAGAACGGCACACAGAAGCUGUACUCCUGCUCCUGUCGUAACGACACCAUGCCGGGAACCGACAUGAAGGAGUUUGGCCUGUGUGAGCACCUGUCAGAACAGCCGCCUGUCUUUGAAAUGGGCUGUAUAACCAGCGUGGAGAAAUGGCUGCUGGAUAACUGUGGGAUUAUCCUGGGGAUCUGUAUCGGGGUGGCUGUUGUGGAGCUCCUGGGGAUGAUCCUCUCCAUGUGUCUGUGCAAGAGCGUCGUCCAGGAGGAUUACACCAAAGUACCGAAGUACUGAGCCGAGCAUGAAGCAGCCCGUUCGACACAGAUGGACCGACUCCCCUCCGCCUCUCCUCCACACACACACACACAUAAAGAAAUUAAAACAGCUGUCUUCGGUUCUCGUGUCUCGACAGCUGUGCAGAUUUCUCACACACUCAGCCAACAUGUCCCACUCAGUAACUCACACUCGGCUCUCAGUCAUCCUCGACACACACGACGGACUCAUUUGAUGGCAUUUUUUUUAAGGCGAAGAAUUUGUUGUUUAUGACGGAGUAUUGGGGCCAUAUUAAGAAAAAAUUCAGGGUAUUAUCAGCCUGGCGGGCCGCCAGGCUUAUAUUGUUUUUUUUUCUUUUUUGUAACCAUUCGCCAACUGCAGCCGUCUUUGUUGCGUUGAGUAUUUCACUGGCAGAGCAGAAACGGUCCUGAAAGAUGUUUUUAUAGUUCAUAAAGUCGGGAGCGCACCAAUCACACCGCUGCCGUCUCGCGCGCCGGUGCGGCUGGAUCUCUAAAGUUUCGGAUCGGAUCGGAUCGGAUCUAAAGCCUCCUUUCACUUAAGCUGGACACAGGCUGACCUGUAUGGACCUUUACAUGAAUCCCUUGAGGACUCGUGUUUCUUUGGAGAAUCUACGUCACGGUAUGAGUCAAAUUUAAAAGCCGCUGAGUUUCCUCUGCUUGCAAAGCUCGAUGAGAACCGCUGAUGGAGGCGCAUGUUGAGCGAGCGGUGAGAAGGAUUUAUCUUUGUGAACAGAGAAUUACAUCUCAACACGCUGCCCGGCGAAUGGCUCUGUGUCUGAUUCAGUUAAUGUAGCCGUUUCUUGGUUAGAUGGCACGUUGGUGGUUGAGCGUUUUUUUAUUUUGGAUUUGAUUUAGGGGCCCCUAUUGCUGCCAAGAACAUCAGCAUCACUAACAGUAUUUCACCUUGGAUUUAGCAAAUUAUGGGAGAAGAAGGUAGUUUAAUUGGCCAACAUAAAAAGCAAUUAGUUAUAAUUGUAGUUUAGUAAUUUGUAUUUGUGAACAAACAGCUCAAUCCCACAGAUUAAACUCAGAGGGUCAGAUUGUUGCUGUGGAUUUAUGGAGUUCUGAAGUUUUAAUUUGGAUUAAACAGAAGUGCAAAUAACUGA